AUGCUGGCUAUCGUUUCUCUUGCUGUUUUUACGCUACUACCUCAGGUGUCUGGACACUCUGCUUUCUUCCACCCGAGCAUGUGGGGAUUCAACGUCACCGACAAGACUUUCGACUACGACAACAGACCGGUCGCGCCUAUCAAGAAUAUGAAUUUUGACAAGUGGUGGUUCCACAACCAUCUCGACUAUCCACCUAACGAAGGCGAUUUCUUCGAACUGCCGGCAGGCAAGCCAGCGACUGCCGAAAUUGCAUGCAACAAAGGCGCUACAUCGUACUUCGCCUCAUCAGAAGGAGGAGACGUUCGCGACCCCAACAACCCGAACAACGUGUGUCCCAACUCGGGCACAGAGGCGUACCACACUCUAGGCUUUGAUGAUUUGGAAGGGUGUGCAUUGGCUAUCGCGUACAAGAGCGACGUGAAGCAGGUCCAGCCGGAGGAUUUCACAAUCUUUAGUGUGAACCAGACCUGCGUUUGGACGCGCUUCACGGACUUCCAAGUUCCUGCUCGCAUGCCUCCUUGUCCUGAAGGUGGAUGCAUUUGUUCGUUCUUCUGGAUCCACUCGCCUAACAGUGGUGGAGAAGAGAACUACAUGAACGGUUUUCGGUGCAACGUAACUGGCUCGAUCUCCGACGUCCCCCCCGCCAAGCCCACAGUUGCUCGUCGUUGCGGUGCAGACCCCGUCAACAACCGACUCCAGGCUGCCCCAGCGAACUGUACCUAUGGCGCCAAACAACCCUUCUAUUGGUUCAAUAAUGAGCGCAACAAUAUGUUCGAAGGCACCUACUCCCCACCCGUCUACAACGAUCGCUACAACUUCCUUGACGGCGCCCAAGACGACAUCUUCAUCGAUUCCUACCUCUCCAUUCCCACCCCUGCUCCGAACGCCGCCAUGCCCCUCCUUGCCGACGUCUCAGCGAAGCUGCCCAUCGCAUCCAUCAACGACUCGACUAAUGCAAUUACCCCCCGUGGUUGCGGACAAGCUUCCACUUCUCUCUCUUCAGGUGCGGGGUCGACCACAGAGUAUGCCAAGACCAAACGCGACAUGAGCGACGCACAUCGGCCGUGGAGCCGCUCCAGGAUCGCACUGAUGAGCAGGCGCAGCAGAAAGCUUGACCGGAAGAACCGCCGGAGCCUCUGGAACAUGUAG